UUUUUCUACUAAAAGUCGACCCAUUUUUCCACAAAUCUGGGCUAUAAACUAUAAACAGAUGGCGUCUCUUCAGUGAUCUGCUCCGUAAAAAUUAUUUUUAUAAAAUAAUACAAAGAGCAUCUAAGAUUUUUGGCUUUCAGCAGUAAAUUGUAAGCAUAUAGUAAUAUGUGUGAUCAUAAAACACAUGUUCUGUUAAUUUGAGGGGAGCUUUUACCAAAAAAUAAAUAAAUAACAUAAAUAUUUACAUUUUUUUCAUGCAGUUACUGAAUAAUUUGCCUUACGAUUUGGUCGUGUAAAUUCAGAUGGACAAACCAAAAUAUACCCUGAAGAAAUUAUGUUUUUGCUGUCUGUUUUUAAACAUUUUACUUUUUGGAAAGAUCGUAACUCCAGUUUAUCAAUACUCUUGACAGGAACGUAAAUAUUUUGUAGCGCAAAAGCCACAGAAAUAUUCAGAUCGAUUCUGUUUGGCCUGUGAAUCGAUUCGGAAUAUUCGUUGAAAAAGAAUCGGUUCGAAAACGAUUCAUUCACGAGUCGGACGUCGUUCAGUAGCAUAAAUGACACACGUAGGGAGAUGGACUACAUCUGAGCAGAACACCGGCUAAACCACUUUUUGUUUUCGGUUUCACUGCGGGUAGGGUUCAGACAGUUUUAGUAAACCGAACUGUGCUUAUUAAGAUUAUAGUUCUGUAGUUUUGGAAACAAUUUGCACCAGCAGGACCCUGUUAGCGCCCUGGUUGUGUGUGUUUUGCCAUACAUUGGUCAGUUUAGCUGACUGCGUUAGCAGUAAGCUAACUGGCGGUUACCGGACUGGCCCUUUGGUUUGUUCCGUAGAGAUAAUAGUGUGUGAACUGCUCGCUGGCUGAUUCGUUAGCUGUGCACACAGUUAACGUACAGACUUGUUUACAUUUGAAUGAGUAUCAGUUAGCUAAUUAAUCAGCUACGAACCGCAGCGUGUUAGCUUCACUGAAGUGACAUUACCUGACAAACUGAAAGGCAGGUGGAUUCCCUGCGGUGUCUAGCUAAAGCUAGCCAGCUAAUGCUGUGUAUGUACAGUCAGCGCACUCAGCAUAAUAGUUGACCGAGCUGACGGUGAACUUUUGGCCGCUCAUGCCGUCUAAAAAGACCCGAAUACCGCGGAGCUGAAGGCAAGCAAGCAGUGUUGGACGUCGCUAGCUACCGUUAGCUCGCUGGCUAAGUGCAUGCCGCUCGGAUGCACGCCCGGUUGGAAACUGUGCAAGAAGGAAAGUCAGGGACGGGGACGAGAGAGAUGUCGGAGCUGAACCGAGAAGUCCGAGAAGUCGUGGAGCUGGUGUGGGGGAAGCAGUCGGCUGGCAGCGGUGUGUCCGCGCCGCUUUUCCGCCGGUGGACGCAAGGGUUUGUCUUCAGUGAGACAGAGCGCAGUGCGCUGGAGCAAUUUGAAGGCGGACCAUGUGCUGUCAUAGCACCUGUUCAGGCAUUCCUGCUGAAAAACAUCCUUUUCACCAUGGAGAGCUCAAACUGGAGAGAUAUCUCAGAGGAGGAGCAGCGGACGGCCCUGUGCUCUACUCUCAGUGAGAUUCUGGAGUCGGCCUGCCUCGGCAAGACACAGAACUUUUGUCUGGCCACCUGGGCCCGCGCCAAAGCCACGGAUGACAACACGGACAUCACAGACAGCCACCCAGAGCCAGAGUCCAGUCAGCCCACAGACGCUCAGCAGCAGCCGACUGCUUUGGCUGCUGAGGAGCUUGGCUUUGAGAGGUUUCACAGCACAGUACAUAAAAGAACACUAAAAACUGUCGCUGAGCUGAAGGAGGCUAUUCUGUCACUGCAUGACACUUGGAGGAACAAGUUUGGCGUCCUGCUAUUUCUGUACUCGGUCAUACUUACAAAGGGUAUUGAGAACAUAAAGAAUGAGAUAGAGGACACUUCAGAGCCACUCAUCGAUCCUGUGUAUGGCCACGGCAGUCAAAGCCUGAUUAACCUCCUGGUGACGGGGCGCGCUGUGUCCAAUGUCUGGGACGGCGACAGGGAAUGUUCUGGAAUGAAGCUUCAUGGGAUCCAUGAACAGGCUUCUGUAGGAUUUCUCACACUAAUGGAGUCACUGCGAUACUGCAAGGUUGGAUCUUUUCUCAAGUCUCCAAAGUUCCCUAUAUGGAUUCUUGGCAGCGAGACUCAUCUCUCUGUGUUCUUCACCAAGGAGAUGUCCCUGGUGGCCCCUGAGUCGCCAUCAGAACAGGCCAGGAGAGUCUUCCAGACGUUUGACCCAGAAGAUAACGGGUUCAUUCCAGAUACACUGCUUGAGGACGUUAUGAAGGCUUUGGAUCUCGUCUCCGAGCCCGAGUAUGUAAAUCUGAUGAAGAGCAAGUUGGAUCCUGAGGGUCUAGGAAUCGUUCUGUUGGGUCCAUUCCUGCUCGAGUUCUUCCCCGAUCAGGGGAUUCCAGACUCAUUUCCUGUGUAUCACUAUAAUGGCCUAAAGCAGUCCAACCACAACGAAAAGGUGAGUUAUGUUGAGGGCACUGCUCUAGUCCUUGGCUUUGAAGACCCCAUGGUGCGUACGGACGACACCCCGGUGAAGCGCUGCCUGCAGACCAAAUGGCCCUAUAUCGAGCUGUUGUGGACCACAGAGAGAUCCCCUUCCCUCAAUUAGCCCGCUCACCUGCUCACCUCUGGCUAUCAGGCCCCACUUCGCUUCAGGAAUGCUACACCCACCCAGUACUCCCACCUGCACUCUCUGCACUACAAUAUUAGGCCAGCACAGUGCCUGAACUAAAACCACAAGAGAGACAGUAAUACUCAGCUGACCUGUUUGCGCCUUUUCCAUCUUUCAUGCAUUAUUUAUUUUUUUUUUUAAACAACAGGGUUUUGGUUUAAUGUUCAAAGCCCUGACGUGGAACAAAAAAUAUUAUUUUUGGAAAUUGUGUUGUUUUCAUUAGCAGAACCAAAUUUUACUCUUUUUUGCAGCUGUUAAUAUUUUUCGCUGAUUUUCUACAGAUAGUUUUUUUUUCCAUUUAUGUUUGUUUACUUGAUUAAAAAGAUUAAAAAAGGAAAGGAAAAAAAGGAAUUGACGAGGCAAGCCUAACUGAGCUGACCAAAUGAGUAAUUUAUGGAGCUGUGGGUAGAUGAUUUUUUAUUUUGUUGUAGGAAUAUACAGUUAAAAAAGGGAUGCACUGAAGUCACUUGGUUCAAAUGUGUACAUAAUUUCGGCAAGUUUAAAUAAAUUACGACUUGGUUUCAUCGACUUACUUUUGGGAUCAUCUGUGUUGAUGUAUUUUAUUAAUGUAUAAAUGAUAAACACAUUGGAAUCAAGUACAUUUAACACAUCACUUUUUUCAGUGUAUAUUCAGUGAUAAUUGUGACUAAGGUGUGUUCUGUCCAAAGCCUUGGGCUGAGAGUCUAGUCCCCAUGUGUGGCUGACAGCGUUUACGUAACUCAGUGAAAACUGGACAAAACUUUAGACAGGUUUAUAAAGGAAUGCACUACAACCUAAUACAGGGCAGAGGAAGACAGAAGGAGGAGUGGGAUACAAAGAGUGAGGGAGGAGAGGCAGUGUUGGUAUUUGAGCGUGGACGUGACCAAACGCCCUCUGUUCUGAUUUUUUUUUUUUUUUUUUUGUUUUUUUGGCGACAGCAGUAACCUGUUGACACCUAUUUAUUGUUCUCUGCCUGAGGCAAAAGGACGAACAAACACUUGCACACACUAUUUAUUCCGACCCUGAUGGCUCACCAAAAUAAACACAAUUUUUUUUUCUUCA